AUGGAAGGUCCAAAUUUAAGCUCGUCAAAAUACACUUGCAAGAGUGUCAGCUGUUUAGGACAACAUAGCACCAUUUAUGCGGGCAUGAUCGUCGAUACCGUGCUCGAUUCAGCUCUCUUGAGGAUGAAACUCACCGAGUUGGUUGGGUUAUGGCCAAUACUUGGCGGUGCUUUGAUCAAAGAUACAAAGCCCUGGUCCUUCACCUGUGGUAAUACUGUCGAUUUCGCAAGUAGGGAAAUUGACCAGUCACUGACCACCUAUCUUCCAAUCCAUCAUGAGCAAGAUAGCAAUGAGCCAACUGUCAUAGGAAGCCCGGAAAUAUCCGUCGUGGAUGAGACAUUCAUAUUCGACGUCUCUCCCGGCCUCGCCAACAGUUUCCGCCUUCGUGUUACUCUCCUAGAAGACGCUACUUUGCUCUGCUUUGGAAUUGCGCAUCACAUUUGUGAUGGCCAUGACUGCUGGGAAGUAGUUAAAGCAUUUUGUGAUCUGUUGUCGAAUCAGCCAAUUCCUGUAUUUGCUCUUCCGCCUGAUGCUGGGAAUGUCCGAAUGUCCGAUCUGAUGAAAGCCAACGAUGAGUGCACCGACCCGGAACCCAAUUUCCACUACCAGAGGCAUGCACAGAACUACAUCAGUGGGAUAUUCAAUCUGGCAAUGACGGUUUCGGGCGUGUUGCGGACGAUCCUUGCUAUGAAGUUUGGAUUCCUUGAGGAUCUUACAACCAAGUUUCUGUACGUUCCAGGCGCAUGGGUCGAUGAAUUACGAACCAAAUCCCAGGGGGAGCUGAAAGACUGUGCACCUGAGAUUCAACUCACACGAAAUGAUGUGAUCGCUGCAUGGUACCUUAAAUCCGUCUAUUCAUCUCAACCGACAGCCACAUCCCCUAAUCCAGUGGACUACUUUGGGAUCAUCAACUUUCGUCGCUUUCUUGAGCCCCCGAAAGCUGGAACAUACUACAUUCGUUGUAGCGUUGGUGCCCUGCGGUGUAAAUUCUCUGUUCAACGGCUGAAAGAAGAGUCAGUUGCGGAGAUUGCACGGGAUAUACGCCUCACAACGCUGCAGUAUACAUCCCAUGGAUCUGUCCAUCAGAAUCUUCGAUUCUCAGAAGACCAUACAACCAAGACUCUCACUUUAGCGCUGCGUGGCACUGGAAACCUAGGAUUUGCCGUGGUAUCCCACUGGACAACAUUUGAUUAUGCUAGCCUUGAUUUCUCCGGUGCCAGUGUUGACCGCCGAAAACCGUCAGUCUUAUUCGUCAAUCCGAUGAUUGUAAACACAUGGAAUCUCACAAUAGCGCCUGUGGCUGUUGUCACGAAGAAUGGAUCUGGCGGCUACUGGAUUCGCGCUACCAAUACACCAACUGGCUGGGAACGGUUCAGCCAAUCUCAUAGCAUGGAAAGUCUAUUCCCCACAUAG